UUCUUCAGUAGCGAACGAACAGCGUCCUGGGACGGGCGCGUGUGGAGGUGUGAACGGUCGAGGGGGCGGGUUCGGUCCAGCAGACCUCAGCUCUCCGGCUGAAGGAAGCGCGCAGAGCAAAGCGCAGUCCGACGGUAUGGAGCGGCAGCGGCGCGUCACCCUCUGAGCGCACGCACGCACGCACGCACGCGCAAGCAGCCUCGUCGUGUGCGCACACACCUGAGCGGGAUCACGGAGUGAGAUCCAGAAGAAACAUCCAGAGCUAAGGACAGGAUGGAUGCUCCACAGCUGUUCCUGCUGCUGCUGCUGUGCGGAUGUCUGCCCAAAGUGUUAUCGGUCCAGAUGUGCGACGUGGCCAAUGAGAUCGAGCUGGAGAGGGAGCGCUGCGAGAACAGCACCUCUGGGAACAUCACUUCAGGCUGCCAAGGCAUGUGGGACAUCAUCGCCUGCUGGCCGUCAGCCAGAGUCGGGGAGGUGGUCGUAAUAACCUGCCCCACGUACUUCAGCUACUUCAGUGACAAGCAUAAAGGUAAUCUCUCCAAAACCUGCACAGGCGACGGCUGGACCAAGAUGCACCCUAUUGACAUCGCCAUCAACUGUGGCUAUAAUCUCAACAGCACUAACGAUGAUCAGGGACGCUUUUUCUGGCAGGUGAAGAUCGGCUACACCAUCGGCCACAGCGUGUCCCUCGUCUCUCUCACCACGGCCAUCGUGAUCCUCUGCGUCUUUAGAAAGCUCCACUGCACCAGGAACUACAUCCACAUGCACCUGUUCGUGUCAUUCAUCCUGAAGGCGAUCGCCGUGUUUGUCAAAGACGUGGUCCUCUACGAGGUCGGGGAGGUGGAAAACUGCUCCUUGGACUCUGUCGGCUGCAAAGCGGUGAUUGUGUUCUUCCAGUACUGCAUUAUGGCCAGCUUCUUCUGGCUGCUGGUGGAGGGCCUUUAUCUCCACGCAUUGUUGGCCGUCUCUUUCUUCUCGGAGAGGAAGUACUUCUGGGCCUACAUCCUGAUCGGCUGGGGGGGUCCGUCCAUUUUCAUCACAGCCUGGAGCUUUGCUAAAGCCUACUAUAAUGAUGUGGGUUGCUGGGAUAUAAUCGAGAACACUGAUGUGUUCUGGUGGAUCAUUAAAACUCCUAUACUGGCUUCAAUUCUGAUGAACUUUAUCCUCUUCAUCUGCAUAAUUCGAAUCCUCCGUCAGAAGAUCAACUGUCCUGACAUCGGGAGAAACGAGUCCAACCAGUACUCGAGGCUGGCCAAGUCCACUCUGCUGCUCAUUCCUCUGUUCGGGAUCAAUUUCAUCGUGUUUGCAUUCAUCCCAGAGCAGGUUAAGACUGAGCUUCGGCUGAUUUUCGACCUGAUUCUGGGCUCAUUUCAGGGUUUUGUGGUUGCUGUCCUUUACUGCUUCCUCAACGGAGAGGUCCAGGCAGAGAUCAAGAGGAAGUGGCGUCGGUGGCACCUGCAGAGAUACAUGAGCGCCGACACCAAAUACCAGCACCCGUCUAUUGGCAGCAGCAACAACUUCAGCACCCAGAUCACCAUGCUGACGCGCUGCAGCCCCAAAGCCAGCCGGGGUUCGUCCUCCUGCCGCGACGACCUGUCCAGCAUCUGACCCCCCGUGACACAAACAGUGACACAGACACGCACGCUGUAGAAAAAGAUCCCACGGCAGAACGGCCGCAAAAAAAAAACAAAACCCACCCCUCGCUGCUGGGAGAUGAAUGAGUGCAAAAGGAGGAAAGGACUGUAAUGAAAAGGAGGAGAAUUAAUGAGAUAACUAUCAGCUUCUAAGCAGCUUUUAAUAUUCAUGCUUCCUUCAACAAGACACUGUUUCCUAAGCACAGCUUUUGCAUGACAGCUACUAGUAUUUCCUGAACCCGCUCACAUGUACAGGUGCGUUUCGGGUCAUAUCACUGCGGAUCAUUCUGUGAAUGGUCCUCCAGGCGCCGGGACCAAGGGAAAUGUCACCUACAGUAUGAACGGCGGCUGCACCAGCAGACGCACCAUUAGGAAUCGCUUAGCGCGUCGUUGCUGCCGCUCGCGCAGAAGCUGUGUUUCAGAACGAGUGUUCGUAUCGUGAACGUGUGCGCGCCGACAUCACAGGGAAGAGGAAAAGCUCGUAGGAGGAGGCGUCUGUGUCUGCCGGGAGUGAUAAUGGGAAAAAAAUAGGGUUUAAGGCAUAUUUUCAGGCCAGUAGAACAAAAGCAGUGCGGCGUGAGAGGAAAAACCUCCAUAAAUACAGAACGGACGAGCAAAUCCACGCUGAUGGAGAACAAAUGCCCUUCUCUGCACUAUGACUCUCACAGGACACUGGUUGACCCCUUUUAUCAGUGCAACCUUCCCUUAUGGACAGUGUGACUCUGAGCGGCUGAUUGGGUGGAUUUGUCCCUUCUCACUCUCCUCGCUUUGGAGCCGGUCUUCGCUGGCUGUGAAUGUUUAAUGCGACGUCGCACAUGCAGCAUAAUAUACUGUAUCGCUGAAGAUUGUCGGUAAUGGGACUUGAUGCCUUGCCAGGAGCAUGAAAUCCUCUUGUCCAGGCCUGUUUAUGAGGCGAGCCUAUAAAACAGUCCUCCAGGAGAGUAAUGACCCAUGGUCAUCACCCAUGGUGAUGAUGUGCUAGACUGACGUCUGUAAAUUGAGACAAGAAAACUAAACACAAUUGACUUGUCACAUUUAAACCUUUCCGCUGAAUGGGACAAGUCAGCGGAGACUCCUGGAUGACUGGUCCCGUCACCGUGAUGAUAUCACUGUGCUUCUCAGCUCGCGACGUUGGACUCAAAGGUCACUUAUGUGCUCAUAGGAACAGGGAACAUCCAGAAGCUCCAGCUGUGCCAGAAGAAUACUGCCGUCACAAACAAAGGAACAAAAACAACAGUUUAAAACCUAUUUAUCCAUAGGCUGAAUGUAUGUUAGCUCUAGGAAUACAGCCAGCAACACAAUCUGACUACCAGCACCUCAUUGCAACAUAUUGCUGUGUUCUGUGUUUAGGAUGAAGCUUUGGACAGUGCUGGACUAGUCAUUAUCCUCCUACUAGUCUCUAUGCAAGUCUAGGCUACUGUAUUCACUCGGAGGCUCAUCAUCACGCGCCGUGUGGCGCCUGGCUUCAGUGGUCGGUGAACUUUAAUGUAUUUGUGUCAAUGUGGUAGUGCUGAAUGUAAAUAGAUGUGUUCAUACACACGAUGCGCUGUGUAGAUAUUCUUCUAGUGAUUUGUCCUUGUGUUAUUUAUUGUCUGUCGCAGUGAUUAGCAUAAAAAGGGACGUUGGGUGAAGAUGUUCAUUCUGUUAGCUAGGAUUUUUCAAACUGGAUGUGCUGUGUGUAUUUAAGGUGUCAGAGCUUGUUGGUGGUGUGUCGUGUCGUGUUGUGUCGUGAUGUGUGGAACUGUGUGCAAAUAUACUGUAACCAUUCAUUAGCCAUCGCUCACGUUCAUGUGCGCGCUCUCUCUAUAUGUUAAGUGUUCUAGCUUUAAGUAACGUUUUGUACAGUAUUCAUAUGAUGAAUUUUGUUAUACAGUGUAAAGCUGGAAGAUUCAAUUUGCCAUUUGUCAAACAUUGAAUCACUCAAGUGUAAAAAUAAAUUAUUUAGAAAGAA